GUACAUACAUGGAAUAUUGCUCCUCCUUUUAUUCCACACAAGAAAACAAACAAACAAGAACCCCCCGACCACUGUCCAUUUCUCCUCAGUUUCCUCCGGCCCCUCAUUUGGGGGUCUCUCCAUACAAGAAUUAAUCCUUAAUCCUUCUAUGUAUGUGAAGUAAAAUUAUAAAGAAUGGAGACACCCAGAGGAACAGAAGCAGUACCCAUUCCAUUUUCAGAUAAUGUUCCUCCUGCUUCUCCUAGGAUAUCACAGGCUGAUUUUCAGAAAAGGGAAUCCUCGAAUAUGAUUUCUGGUUUGGGCCCAAACAUGAAAAAGGCAGAUCUUUCCCUUCAAAUACCUCCAAGACAUGCAGGCAUUGGAGCUGGCAGAAAGUAUUCACCCCGUUCACCAGGUCCAACAGGAGGUUUUCUUCGGGCUUUAAGCUUUAAGAAGAAAGCUGCUUCAUCUGAUGGUGAGAGAAGCUCUCUCCUCAGUUCAGAUCAUAAGGUAGUUCCAGGAAGCCCUCUUUCAGCAAACUUCAUCUCCUCCAAUUGUCAAAAAUGUACCUCUCUACCUGUGACCCCUGCUUCAAAUUCAUCUCCAUCAGUUUCCACGCCUUUAUCUGCUAGGACACAUGGUGAACAACAAAGGUCACAUUCAUCGCGGAUUGGGGCAUCUCAAGCUAGUUUGUCAAGGUCCCUUUCUGUGCCUGGGAGACAUUUUGUCAUUGUUAGAUCAAUGUCCUUUGCUACCCACGAAGAGCAUUUUCCAUAUACUGGAGAUGAAAUUACUCCUGCUCCUGAGAAUGAGGAUCGGGAAAUCCCUGAAGAGGAAGCAGUUUGUAGGAUCUGUCUGGAGGCAUGUGAUGAAGGCAAUACUUUCCAGAUGGAGUGCAGCUGCAAAGGUGACCUAAGACUUGUUCACGAGGAAUGUGCAAUCAAGUGGUUUAGCAUGAAAGGGAACAAAAUUUGUGAUGUUUGUCGACAGGAAGUUUCUAAUUUACCUGUGACUUUGCUGAGGAUUCCCAAUGCUAGUCAACAAGAUAACAGACCGGAGCACAACAAUUCUGGAAGAAUAAGUGCUUGGCAGGACUUUGUGGUGCUUGUUUUAAUCAGCACAGUAUGCUAUUUCUUCUUCCUUGAGCAGUUAUUGGUCCAUGAUAUGAAAACUCAGGCGUUUGUGAUUGCUGCACCAUUUGCAUUUACACUCGGUCUUUUGGCAUCCAUUUUCGCUGUCAUCCUAGCUAUUAAAGAGUACAUAUGGACGUAUGCCGCUUUAGAGUUUGCUCUUGUUGCUAUUACUCUACACAUUUUAUACUCUAUGCUUCAAUUGCAAGCAGUCUAUUCUAUAAUGGUAGCAUCAGUUUUGGGCUUUGGUGCUUCUAUGAGUCUCAAUGCAAUGUACAUCCGGUGCUAUUCUUGGCGAGUCCAAAUUGCAGAAAAUUCUAUCCCUGCGUGACAUGAGUAUAACAGAGAAAUGAUCAAGUUGUGUAGGAGAUAUUAAAUAUGCUUUUCCUUGUAUUAUUUUAUCUUCUAUUCCCAACGAUCUUAUGUGAUGAUGCGGUUGAUACCUCAAGAAAUCUGGGCUCUGGCAGAUAAAUGUGUAUACCGACAUAGAUACGGAAGCUAUAGGUGACCUCUAAUUAUGUCUACUGCUAGAGAAUAUAGUAGCUCAAUUUAAGGCUGGGGCAUGGCCAUUACCAAAUUCUGAUACACUGGUUUUGUGCCCUUGUUGAUCUGAUAAGGUGUUGCAUUCCGUUAUUGUUUUAUUA